AUGGAGGCAAGAUUUGUGUUCUUGUUUUGUUUCUUGGCAGCUGCUGCCAAUGCUGCCACUUCUCCCAAAAUACAACUGGGAUUUGACGUUCCCAGCUUACGUCUCGCCAUCUCGCAGACAGCAAGUAUGAGUUGCUGUUAUACUGGCAUUGUGCGUGUGCCAAGUCAAUGGAUUCGGCUUGUUAUGAAUUCCAGGAACACCACUAAACGUACUUCUAUCAAUGAGACAAAUGCACGAGUGAAACUUGACCAAGGGCAGAGAAACAAGCAGCACUGUGAAAUACUGAUACUAAAAGACAUUGUGCUGAAUGACACAGGUCUGUAUCAAUGCGUUCUAACAGAAUCAAACAACACGGUCUUUACACCUGGCACCUUUUUACAAGUAUACGUGCCCGUACACAUGAUCCUGAACAUCAAUGAGAGGAGUAAGAACAGCAUCAUCACUGCUGAAGGUGUUCUGCUGCUGCUGCUUGUGCUGAUUCCUGGCACCAUGCUCAUCUGCAAGUCAAAGGGAUUAAAUAACAUAGAGAAAAGAAUGGGCAGAGAGGAAGAAAAUAUUUAUGAGGGUCUAAAUCUGGAUGACUGCAAUUCAACAUAUCAUCAAAUUCAGCGCUCUCUCGUCCAAGGACCGUACCAAGAUGUGAUCAACAAUGACGAAGAUGACAUUCAGCUGGAGAAGCCCUGAAUAGGUGGUUGUGAGGAGUCAGGACCAAUCCAAUACAAACUCAUAGUUUCGCGCUGUUGCUAUGUUUGCUUUUCUGUUGUUGGUAUAAAUUAGGGGUGUAACCGAAUAUGAAUUCGUUAUUCAGAUUGAACAGAUAAUGCAUCCUAAAUGAAUACAGAUACAAA